UUGCCGUAGUUAUUCUUAUGAUUCUAAUCUCGUUCCCUAAGUGGAAUCUUGUUAGUUGCGGCAUAGCGGAAGCCGUGAUCGAGUAUUUAAUCGGUGUUGAAACCGGUGUAGCGAGAGUGUUUUCGGAAACGAUCAAAUUCGGCAGAACAAUAAACGAUUUGCAAUUUGAGAAAAUUCUGUUACUGAUCGUCACGCAUCUGGCAGAAGUGGACGCUUGCAUUUUUCUAAUGAUAAACAGAAACCUGAUGCACGCUAUACUUGAUAUUGUGAACCCAAACAUCGUAAAUACAGAAAUCGCUUGGAACGCGGCUCAAUUUUGGGACUUGUGGACAUACGCUAUAAACGCCCUGGCAGUGUUAGCUCCAAAAAUGCCGCAACAGUUCAUAGAAAAUGAUGGCUGUACUAGAUUGUAUUUGUUGUUAGAGUGGUGUUUGACCAACAAAUUCGACGAGAAGAUAGUAAUGACUUGCACGAAAGCUAUUUGCACAAUCGUGCUAAGCGAAAACGCAUCUUUGCUUGAAUGUUUCCGGGAGUAUGGGAUCAUAUUGCUAUUAAUCAAGCUUAUCACAGCUGUCUUGAACUGUGAUAAAAUUACCAUGAAGCUGCAAAGGAUUUUAACAUUGACAUUAAUAUCAGCCGAAAGGCUUAUGAGGAAACAGGAGUUUUAUCAUGAAAUAUAUGCAGAGUACAGCGUUCUAUUUGUCAUGGAGCUACUGUUCCGAUGCGUUUACAAGAAAAAUGAAGAGUUUCAAAUAGAUCAACGUCUUUUGAUAGCCAUCGGCGCAUACAUUUGGGAGUGUAUAAUAUGGUGUCCCAGAAGUCUUAAAAAAUUUGUUCACUACGGUGGAUUGUACAUCGUCCUCGACAUAAUCGAGAUCAUACCCUAUUAUUCUCGUUGCCUGUACCUCGGUAUUCUCACGGACAUGUGCGACAAUUUUCAUUGUAGCCCGUUUUUAUCUACGUGGAGAGGAAUCAAUGAGAGGAGAUUAUUGUCUUUAUUAGCGAUGAUAUGGAGGGAAGAAGAGAUACGAAUUAAAGUGCUCAGAAACGUAGACGAUACCGAAUUGCUUCAAAUGAGCAGGCAACAAUGGGUGGACACUUAUCACGUUAAAUUAGAUACAGGUAUUAGUCCGGCAUUAACAGACAUAGUUGGUUCGGUCAGAUCGAAAAUAUAUAGCAUUUUUAAGUUAAUCGAAAGGGAUAGGGAAAGAUAUGAGAUGGCAAAGGAACGUUAUAAAAUAUUGUAUUCUAAUCUCUCGACAGAAGACAGAAUUACGAUAUCGAUGAUACAUUUAUAUUUUACGUUGAAAUUGGGUCAGAUGUGGGUAGAAGUGGCUAAAUAUUUCGAACAAGUCGGAAUUACUCCGCUUGGUAUGGAUGGGCAAGCACUUUUUCUGAUGAUACAACGUUACAAUUUGUGGGCCUCGUUGACGAAGGAGAAGGAAGCUAAAAUAAUUCAGUCGGUGAAACUGGAGGAAGAUAUCAACGAGAAGGAUGAAUACGCAAGGAUUCGCGAUUCCAAACUUCUCUUGGCACUCGACGCGUUCGAUGAAUUAGAUUACAUAUAUAGAACGACUGAUCGAUCGUAUUUGUUAAGGAAAAAGUAUGAACAAGUGCAACAAGUAAACAGUUCCCUGAAUUUCCCUCACAAUACGUGCGACACACAUUGUCACAGAACGUUCCCAGAUAACGUGACAUUUACGGCUAUAUUCAACCAACACCAAACAGUGACCAACGAUUUGAGAUCAGAGUCGCACAUUGGUCAAUUAAAAGGGAUAGUUGCCCCUAUUUCCCCGGCCGAUUCUAACAUCAUUCCUUCUAGCAUCCACAGUGAAUUAUCUUUAGGUUCUGUAACUGAAACUUGCCUUCCGCACAUAGAAAGAUUUGAUGAAAAAGAACUGUAGCACGUUUUGUGAAAAAUAAUUGACACGCAACAUUAUUAUUUCUUAACAAUUUUUGUCUUAAGAAAUCGUUCCCGAUUUGCUUCCUAGGAAUCAAAAAUUGUAUCCAAAGCAAAUAUUAAAUUUAAUGAGAUAUUCGCAAAUGAAAAAUAAAGAUCAGAUCAGAUGCUAUUUUUUAAGAUUGUUAAGAAUCUCUCCUCGGUGGAACGUGGAACUACUAACAAAUCGCGUCAACUAGUCAAGUUCGUCUGCAGGUCUCAAAUUUUUAUGAUAGAACAAUGUGUUAUCAUCUUUAGGGAUAAUAGAAGUCUUUAUUGCCGAUAUAUUUACAUGUUAAAAUUUAUUUAUGCAACUUUAUCUCCUACUAGUAAAGAUACCUUAAAUCCUCGCUACGUCAAUCUUAAGAAAUUGAUAAGAGAUAAUAAAAUCAAAUAAAAUGUUUCAAUAGUAAAUUGACGACGAUAUUUUUGUUUUAUCGAGGGCAACAUGGAAAACGAUGAUUCCCAUCUACGACACGAAGUUCCAUGAUUUUGCGAGACGCAUUUAUAUCAAUAAUUUUAUAUUUAAAAGCACUACCAAUUAUAUCUUAGAACAAAUCAGAAUAUAUUGCUUACAUCCUUCUUUAACAGUUUUUCAUGUCAUUGUUAUAGUCCAAUUCGAUUUUAGAAAGAUCAAUAAACUUGCGUACUAGAAAUACGCGGUGUUCCGAUUUUUCCUGAAAUUCUCUCGGUUCUAUUGUCAUUUAAAAUUAUCUGAAAU